AAGCCCACAGCCUCAUCGCCGCCAUGCCGCCUCGGUUACAGAUCUUGCGGCUCGCCCGCCCCGUUCUUACCACACCGCAAAGAACAACCGUCCAAUUCGCCCAGCAACGCAGCGCAUCCAUCCUCUCCUCGCUCUCUGACACCAAAGGCGCCUACAACAAGCGCAUCAAGCGCGGUCGCGGUCCGGCCUCAGGCAAAGGAAAGACAGCAGGGCGUGGUCAGAAGGGCCAGCAUGCGCACGGCAAGGUGCCAGCAGGCUUUGAGGGUGGUCAGACACCGCAAUGGAUCACGAACCCUGAGCGUGGAAGGGGGAAGUACAAUCCGUUCAAGGUGGAGAUGAGCCCGAUCAACCUUGAUCGGAUACAGAGCUGGAUUGAUCAGGGGAGGCUGGAUCCGAGUAAGCCGAUUACGAUGAAGGAGUUGGCGAAGAGCAGGUGCUUGCAUGGUGUUAAGAGGCAUGGCGUUAAGCUUUUGGCGAAGAACCCUGAGGUCCUCACAACACCCAUCAACAUCAUCGUCUCCCGCGCCUCCGCCGAAGCAAUCGCCCGCAUUGAAUCCCUCGGCGGCAGCGUAACAACGCGCUUCUACAGCCCGACCUCCAUCAAGCGCGUUCUCCGCGGCGACUCGCACCCUACCAUCUCCCUCUCUGCCUCGCCCUCCCUCAUCUCGCAAUCCCUAAGCUCGACCCCUUCGCUGGUCUCUAGCCCUAUACUCAGCGCACUCGCAGCCUCGACCGCCGACGCCGAGAAGAAGGAAGCGCUGGGUGCCGUGAUGCGCCAGGUGAGCCAGAAGUACAGGUACAGGCUGCCCGAUGCGACGGGGCGUAAGGACAUCGAGUACUACCGCGACCCUGCACAUCGCGGGUAUCUGGCGUACACAUUGAAGGAGAAUGAGAGCCCCAGUCUGUUCUUUAAGCCGCCGAGGGAGGCGAAGGACAGGAAGAAGCAGACUGCUAAGAGGGAUGCUGCGAAGGCGUCUGCUGAGAACAGGCUGUUCUAAGCAGCUUGAAAGAGGCGGAUCGGAUGUGGUCUGGGAUGGGAAUUUGUAUCAUACACUAUGUACACUUGCAAGAUAGGUUGUAGGAUUGGAGCAUUUGCAUGCAUUGGAGAAGCGUGGCUAGAUCUGUACAUGUU